AUGUCAGCGACCGGCGGGAAGAAGUCCUGGGUCACAAAGACCGGGAACCAGUUCCGUAAAAAUGGAACACUUCGUCCAGCUCGACUCCUCCAGCAAGACGUCAAACAAUACCUUCAGCGAUGGCCUACAGACUGGUCGAUCUUCAAUCAACUCGUGCUUGCCAGCGCUGUGUACGUCUUCUUCACAAACUUGUUGCCCGGCAUCACUUUCGCUUCCGAUCUCUUCCAACGGACAGGCCAAAAUUGGGGUACGAUUGAGAUAGUUUUCGGCACUGGUUUAUGCGGCAUCAUCUUCAGUCUCUUCUCAUUACAGCCAUUGGUCAUUCUGGGCAUUACUGGUCCUUUUACGGUGCUUGCUGAGAAUAUAUACAAGCUAUGCGCAGAAACCUUUCAGGUGGACUUCCUCCAGUUUAUGGCUUGGACUUUGAUACAUUCGGGGUGGAUGCAUAUCCUCUUGGCUGUUUUCAAUGCCCAUGACUGGACUAUGCUCUACGUGACGGAGUUCAGCUGCGAGAUAUUCAGUUUGCUGAAUAGUAUCAUCUACUUCCACAAGGCUGUACAGGAGUUAGAGCGAGCCCACAAGACAUUGGACCAAGCAGCAUUCCUGUACGCAAUCAUUGGGGCGGUGGGGACGUUCAUGCUCGCACUGUUUCUGAGUACUGCAGAACGCUGGCCUCCGAUUAUCCACAAGUACUUCCGCAUGGGUCUUCGAGAAUACGCGGCGGCGAUAAGCAUCAUCUUCUUCAUCGGCAUACCGUACGCAGGUGACCUCAAGUCAGUGAACAAGGACACCCUCUACACAUCCAGCGAAAGGUUCCGUCCAACUCGCCCAGGACGAGACAACUUCUACGUCCCAUUCUGGCAGCUAUCUGCACCCUGGGUCUUCGCCGCCAUGAUCCCUGGCUUCAUCAUCACAGUCCUCUUCUUCUUCGACCACGAAAUCAGCAGCAUAAUCUGCACAAUUCGUCGCUACGGCAUCCGUAAACCAACCGGCUACGCCCAAGACAUAGUCCUUCUGGGCUUGACCACCGCCCUCUGCGGCAUCCUCGGCAUCCCACCAGCCAACGGGCUCCUCCCACAAGCGCCCCUCCACUCCGAAAGCCUCCUACACUCCGACCCCUCAGAAACCACCACCGAAAUCAUAAUCGACAAACACGGCAUCGAACACGAAAUCCAAACGCCCGCCCAACGUGUCCACGAACAACGUUGGUCUCACUUCCUCCACGCAGCCGCAAUCCUCGCCUUCAUCGCUCCACCCCUCCAACUCGUCCUCGGCUUGACCCCAACUUCCGUCCUCGCAGGCCUCUUCCUCUUCAUGGGUCAACAAUCUCUCUCCGUAAACCCAAUCCUGGACCGAACAUUCCAACUUUUGACUCCACCUUCUGACCUCCCACCUCUGCCAGAGAAAAUAAAAUCUUGGUGGCAGAUACACACUUAUACUUUGUUCGAGAUUUUGAUGGCUGUGGUGAUUUUUAUUGUGACGUUAACGGUUGCUGGACCGGCGUUUCCGUUGAUAAUUGCGGCGCUUGUGCCGUUUAGGUUGUUGGUUAUGGGGAGGAUUUGGUCGAAGGAUGUUUUGAGGUUUGUGGAUCGGUGGGCUUGUAGGGAGGGGACGCCGGAGGAUGAGGGGCCUCCGGGGAGAGGGGAUGGGGGCGAUGCGGUGCUACAGGCUACUGCGGUGCAGGAUGUGGAAAGUGGAGUGGUGAAUGAGAAGAGUGCUGUGGUUUCGAGUGCUGACAACGGUAUUGAGCGGCGUGAUUUUCGUGAACGAUAG